AAUUGUCUAGCGUAUACCGUUAUACACACAAUACAAAACGGGCGGUUUUUCUAUUUUCAUUUGGAUGAAAUCUAAUCGGCUUCAAAUAUUUCUUAGUUUUUAUUGAUUCCUGUCAAAAGGAAUUAAUUUGAGUAAACGUUUCAUUUUAAUGAGUCUGUUUUUAUGUUAUUUCGUACUGUAAAAUGCCUUUGUUUGUGGGAUUUUUUAUUUUUUCACGAAAGGUAAUUAAAAGAAAGUAUAGAAUGAAUUUCUGCCUAUGUCUAGAUCUCGAAUAAAUGGAAAUUUUAUUGAUAAGACCUUUUCAAUUGUAGCCAAUAUCUUAUUACGAAUAAUUCCGACAACUUCGGGCGAGAAAGAGGCAUUCGCCUAUUAUCGAGAUGGUGCGAUUUGAUUAUUAUUUUUUUUAUUGAAUUUAGUUAUUUAUUUUAGUUAUUUAUAUCUUUUAUUUUCUUAGUCUUAGGAGAAAGACGCAUUAUUAUUAUUUGGGAUAGAAAGAAAAAAAUUAGUAAAAAAAAUCUACGCUUGUUGAAGGUGAAGUUUUGUAAAUAAAACAAGCCCUUCUGUCGUGUAUCCCCGAUUAAUGCAGCCUCAAAUGCUUCAAUCGUCGAUUCUAGAGUAUUGAGCGAAAGGUUAAGACCUAUGGGUUAGGUCAAACCUACUCCCCUAGUACCAAUAGGAGGCAUAGAGGAAGAGGCACUACUACUAGGAAUCAACAACACGAAAACUUUGUUAUAAAUUAUCCCUUUCCUUAUUAAGAUCGGGGCUAACAAGAAUGGUUGGGACAACAAACAUCCAUCUCGUUCGUGUUUUGGAUACCCGUAUAAUCAUCGAAGACUGUUGAAGUGACUAAUUCCUGAAAAUUAAGAGGCGGUUAAGACAAAGAAAUUGCUGGAGUCACCCUUUUUUUAUCUAGUACUAACAUACUUGAUGUUAAGGAAAGAUCUUUUCCAAGAAGGUUGGCUAGAGAUUUCUUGUAAAAACACCAGCCCCGCUCAGUUUAUAAUGAGGAUAUUUCCAUUUUUUUGAUUCCAUGUAUUAUUUUUAUUAUGUACAUAAAGGAGGAGCCGUAUGAGAUGAAAAUCUCAUGUACGGUUCUGAAACGGAGAUUCGUUGAAUCGAAUGACGACCGUAACGGAUGUCGGCUCAAUCCGAAGGAAAUUAUGCAGAAGCUUUACAGAAUUAUUAUGAAGCUAUGCGACUAGAAAUUGAUCCCUAUGAUCGAAGUUAUAUACUCUAUAACAUAGGCCUUAUCCACACAAGAAACGGAGAACAUACGAAAGCUUUGGAAUAUUAUUUUCGUGCCCUAGAGCGAAAUCCAUUCUUACCACAAGCUUUUAAUAAUAUGGCCGUGAUCUGUCAUUACGUGCGACUAUCUCCACUAUAGAAAUAAAAAGCGAAAAGAAAAAAAGAGCGAAUCUGUUAAUAAAUACUCGAAAAAAAUAGGUUUUCUACAUAUGUAUCGUCUAAAACAACGAUUUUUAUCAGCUGUAGCAAAGAAAUAAACUUCAUAGAAUUUGAAAAAUGAAUCUGAAGAAAUAGGUAUGCCUAGAUACUUUAUUCUAUGGAUAAAGGAUCUAAUUGAUAGAGGAAGCACCGUAAAGAUCAAUUCGCGAGGUUUUGGGCCGAUACAAUAAGAACUGCUUAUUUAUGUCAUGAUAUGACAUAAAAGUUAGGAAUCAACUUAUGUAAUAGAGUGGAUCCCCUAAGGUAUUGAGCAGCGGUGUAGCAUCAGAUCCCAAAGAUAGUAAGCCUUUUCCUUCUUAUAAUUUUUUAAAUUAUAAAGGAAAGUCUUUUUCAAGGAUUCUAUAUAAAUUUAUAUAUGAAACCGAGAUAGUUACCUUUUUAUAAAACUCUAAUGAUAGUGGAAAUGCCUAUACUUUAUGAAGGUGGGAGAAAAGAGAAAACUGAUUAAAUUAUUAACUAAAUUAGUAAGCAAAAUUCAAGUUUGAAACUCAUAACCUCUUUCUUUUGGUUAACUCUAGAAAAAAUGGGAUAAAUCCAUGAAAAAUCCCAUUCAAUUUGAUAAAGGGACACCAAAAGAACUUGACUGCUGAGCCGUAUGAGGUCGGAAACUCUCAAGUACGGUUCUAAGGGAAGGAAUUUAUCCGCCUAUUCCGACCGGGGAGAACAAGCCAUUCGGCAAGGAGAUUCAGAAAUUGCGGAGGCUUGGUUCGACCAAGCUGCCGAAUAUUGGAAACAAGCUCUAGCGCUUACUCCUGGUAAUUAUAUUGAAGCGCAGAAUUGGUUGAAGAUUACAAGGCGUUUCGAAUAAGAACACUUUUUUAUUAUUUUUUUUAUUAUUAUAACUAAAUAGAAUAUUAUUUAGUUUCGGAUUUUUUUUCUAUUUGUUAUAAUCAUAUAUUUGUUAUAAUUAAUUGAUUGUUGUCUCUAUCAGUCAAAUAAAAGGAUCAUUUCUAUGGGAAGAACCAAUCACAAAAUUUCAUUAUAUCCCUUCUAAAAUCGUUCUAUUUCAUCUGGUAUUUCGUAGGGAUAAACGAUA